AUGGCCACAGAACACGAAAUUACAAUGGUUACAUUGGGACGGCCAUUUCAUUUGGGUAUGCUCUAUGAUGUUCGUAAUGAUCAGUCAAUCACUGGAGUAACUCUGUGGGACUGGCAGACCUUGGCAAACCAUACGACCACACAUAAACAACCAUAUACUGGCUAUGAAAUAAUUACUGAAGAUUCACUGCAACAUAAGGCACAUGCUUUAGGAAUUGACGCUCAUAGUUUAAAAUUACGUCUGCUGCUUGGCGGUCGAAUGAGUAUGUCAGGUUCUGCAAAAUAUGCUGAGGAUUAUCAAAAAACAAACCAUGAAGCUCGCCUGACACUAAAAUAUUCAACUACAACACAUUUUCAAGAGUUAACAAUGAAACAUCUUGGUAGAGAUGAUCUAGAUCAUUCAUAUUUACUUGACACAGAUAUUGCUACACAUGUUGUCACUCGUGUCGUUUAUGGUGCUGAAGCGUUUUUUGUAUUUGAUCGCACAGUAUCGGAUAGUGAAUCUAAAAAAGCAGUGAGCGGUUCAUUAAAGGCCAUAUUUGACAAACCAGUUUUUAACAUCGAAGGGAAAUUUAAAUUAAAUCUGACGAAGCAAGAAAAGAACUUCGUCGAUAAGUUGCGCUGUAAAUUUUAUAGCGAUUUUCGUUUGAAAAAAAAUCCAAAUAACUUUGAAGAAGCUGUUACAAUUUAUCGCCAAUUACCGUCAUUGUUAGGUAUAAAUAAUGAAAACGCCAUACCAAAAAAAGUGUGGCUCUAUCCAUUACAUCUUUUGGAUAAUAAUAUAACGAGAAUUGUUCGAGAAAUCUCAUCCAACUUGGUUGACUAUUCAAUAUCGACUAUUGAAAAUCUACGUUCUUUGGAAGUGAGAGCAUUAGAUUUAUUAGAGAACUCGAUAUUUACAAGGCUUAAUCAUAUGAAAGAACAAUUAUCAGAUUUUACCGCGCGAUUGUCGAAAAUACAAGGUGACUUGAAAGAAAAGCUUGCAUUAUAUCUACCAAAACUACGUGGGAACACUAGUGUUGAAGAGUCUGUUUUAUUUAAUGUGUUUAAAAAAGUUGAUUCAUCACCAUUUAAUCAGCAAAAAUUAGAAUCAUGGCUCAAAGAAAAGGAAAAAGAAAUAGCGUUAAUGACGAUAUGGAUCGAAAAUCUCGCUAAAGACAGAAGUUUACAUAUUCUAAUUAAAUCAUCGUCAUUAGAUGAAGUCAUUGAUGACACUAGAUACGAUUAUAUUCUCUGCCUGUCGUUUCGUUUCAUUGAAGAAAAUGAUCCUCAACUUGCUGAUAUGCAAAAGUAUCUAGAUGGUAAGAGCAAGUUUAACUCAUCGACUACUCGUAAAAAACAUGUCACAUGGUUUGGAAAUAGUCGUAGUAUGGCAGAAAUUCGCAAAAAUUUACGACAAUUUAAAGAGUUUGCAGAAGCAAAUAAUGUUGAAAAUACAAACAUACAAUUUAUCGUCAAUGAAGAAUAUUCAGUUAAUGAUACUAAAACUAUUCAGCUUAUUCUCUACGAACGUGGAUCAGGAAAAAAAGGCUUUAUUAUACCAAGUAAACCAGAUGCACCAUAUGCGAUAUCUGUUACAGACACUAAUGUAACGUUAACAUGGGUAGAUGCAGCUAGUGGAACCGAAGAAGUACAGAGCUACAAAAUUAUGUACCAGAAACAUCGUGGUAAAACAUUAAUCGGUAAAAAUAAAAGUAAAAAAGAAGACAAAUGGAUUGUAGUUCACACAAAUGCUAAUCAUAAGAAGAUAAUCAUUUCGAAUCUACCACCAAGCACGACAUUUGUAUUCAAAGUGCAAUCUAUAACUGCAAUUGGACUUAGUGCAAUCAGUGCAUGUAGCAAACCCAUAAAAACACUGGCAAAUAAAGAAAGAAAAAGUGUACCUACUUGUACGGAUGGUGUCAAGAACCAAGAUGAGACAGAUGUCGAUUGCGGUGGUGCAAUUUGCUCGUCAAAAUGUUUACUUCAGCAAGGUUGUGAGUCAGGCAUACACUGUACAACUAACAAUUGUGAUACAAAAACGAAGAAAUGUCUAGAACCAAAAUUCAACAAAUGGAAACAGAAUGCCAUUACUGUGGCUGGGGGAAAUGGAGACGGACAAGAAUUAAAUCAACUCAAUUACUCUCUUGGAAUCUUUAUUGAUAAGAAGAAAAAUAUUUUCAUUGCUGAUCUUGGAAAUAAUCGUCUUGUUAAAUGGAAACAUAAUGCAAAGGAAGGGCAAAUCAUCGCAGGUGGAAAUGGGCUUGGAAAUCGAAUGGAUCAAUUGAAUUUUCCAACCGAUGUGAUUAUUAAUCAACAAAACCAUUCGAUCAUCAUUGCUGAUAGUAUGAACAGUCGAGUGAUUCGCUGGCUGAAUCAAAAUCAACAAAUUCUGAUUGAAAAUAUUGUCUGUUAUGGUUUGGCAAUGGAUAAAAAUGGGUUUCUUUAUGUUUCUGAUCGUGGGAAGAACGAAGUAAGACGAUGGAAAAUGGGAGAAUAUGACAAUGAAGGAAUUGUAGUGGCAGGUGGAAAUAAAAGAGGAGAUCAACUCAAUCAACUCAAUUGGCCUACUUUUAUUUUUGUUGAUGAAGAUCAAUCUGUUUAUGUAUCAGAUGAGAACAAUAAUCGCGUGAUGAAAUGGAGAAAAGAUGCAAAAGAAGGAAGAAUUGUGGCUGGAGGAAAUGGUCAAGGAAAAGAUCUCAAUCAAUUGAACCAUCCACAAGGAGUAAUUGUUGAUGAUUUGGGUCAUAUUUAUGUGGCAGAUUUUGGGAAUGAUCGAGUAAUUCGUUGGUGUGAAGGAAAAGAAGAAGGUGAAAUUGUUGUUGGUGGAAAUGGAAGAGGAAAUCAAUCAAAUCAAUUGAAUAAUCCCAGUGACUUGUCUUUUGAUGAUGAAGGAAAUCUUUAUGUUGCUGAUUUGGCAAAUCAUCGCAUUCAAAAAUUUGAAAAAAAUUUCGUGAGUGAAAUUUUGAUUCUAAAAAAAAGAAAAAUUUUUUUGUAUUGA